UGUAUGAUCAGUCGUUCUUAUUGUCCAAUCAAAUUUUUCCUAUUCUGUCACGGCAAUAACCUCGUGUACACAAACCAACACCCACCACACAUACAUGCCGGAGACUGGGUUGUAGGGAAAUUGAAAGAUUAAAGAUGGGUGCACAUAAUUAUUCGUAUGUAUUUGAUUUUGAGGAACAAUUUAAUGAAAAUGAAUUUAAUCGAUAUAUGAGAGAACAUUGGUCGGACAGCUUUAUAUAUUCAGCAGUCUAUCUGAUAAUUAUUUUUGGAGGAAAGCAUGUCAUGUCAAACCGCCGGCGAUUUGACCUUAGACCCUACCUGGCGACAUGGAGUGGAGGACUAGCGAUUUUCAGUAUUUUUGGAGCCAUUAGGACAGUUCCUGAAAUUAUAUCUGCCAUUAAAAAUCAUAGUCUUGAAUAUUCCAUUUGUGUGCCGUCUUAUUUCGAAGGAGUUACUAGCUUUUGGUGUUUUCUAUUCACCGUAUCUAAGGUGUUGGAACUAGGUGACACUUUGUUUAUAGUGCUAAGAAAACAGCCAUUGAUCUUCCUCCACUGGUUUCAUCACAUCACUGUCCUAAUAUAUGUUUGGUACACCUAUCCGCAGAAAAUGGCUUCUGGAAGAUGGUUCAUGACCAUGAAUUAUACAGUCCAUUCCAUCAUGUAUUCUUACUAUGCAUUAAGAGCCAUGAGAGUCAAUAUCCCAAAAUGGGUCAAUAUGGGAAUAACAUUCCUUCAACUUCUGCAAAUGAUCAUGGGCUUACUUAUUAACAUUUUAGCGUACAGGGUAUUGGACCAAGGAUCCUAUUGUGCACACAGUUACACUAAUAUACGCUAUAGUGUAUUAAUGUACUGCAGUUACUUUGUUCUCUUUGCUCAUUUCUUCUAUACAACAUAUGUUGUACAAAAGCCAAAACAGCAUGUGAAGGAGCAGUAAUGAUAUUGACAUUAGAAUUGUGCUGAAGUGUCUAUAAUGUGAACUUGAAAAAAACACAAUAUUACUCUUUUAUGUUUAAGAUUUAACAACGUCUACAAAUUCUCACAUUGAAUGACAUGCAUAUUGUAUUGAAGAGAUCAUGAAAUCCUUCUUUAUUGGCAUUAUUUAAAUGAUAUAACAAUAACACUUGUUUGUAUUUAUAAACAUGAUAAAUGUGUUAUAUUCAUCUAUACAAAUGUUGAACUUGCAAGAUUGAUUAGUGCUUUUUUUCUAUCGUGAUUAUUUUGGGGAAAGGGACAAUUUAUUUUUAAGCUUACAAAUGUAUGUACAUUGUACAUCAAUGUAAAAGCAAAUUGAUGCAAAAAAGUGCUACAUUGCAUAUUUAAUUGAACUUACUAAAUACUAAAUUUUCAAUUCCAAACUUGUUUUUCUUCAAUUGUAACAAAUGUUAACAUAACAAAUUACAGAAUUUUAGAUGUGUUUAAGAUCGCAUUUUUUCAGGGAACUUAUUACAUGCACAUACAUUAAGAUUUUUGUACAUGGAAUAUAUUGGAUCUCUAUCAGUAUUAAUUAAUCAUUCAUUAUAAUGCAAUCCAUAUCUAGUUUUAUUAUUGUGAUAUUCAUACAAUGUUACAUAAUUGAUUCAAUGGGGAAUUAUUUCCAAAGUAAGCCAACCAAAAAAUAUUUUCCUUUCUUACAUGUACUUUGUUCAUUUCAACAUUUUAUUAACAUGCAAUUAACUUAUCUGUCCGGAUCGUAUUAAAAUGAGAAUGAAAAAAAAGAAAAAAAUCCUGUCCAAAGCACCAGUUAAAAGCCUGUUACUCGGUUAACCCUGGGGCCCCAGUAUGAUUAGAUAUUAUUUAAUUUGACAUGUACCAAAAAAAUGCUCAAAGCACAUGCAUUUCUUUCUGCUGAAAACAGUACUAGUAGGUGAAUCAAUAAAAUUUGACUUUAUUUGUGAGAAAUACAUGUAUUGGAUUAAGGGGCACUGUGAAGGAUAAUCCUAUUUUGUUUAUGAGUACUCCCUUGCCCAGGCCAACCUGAAUAAACAAGACUACAUAUUGUUUGCAAAUUAUUUAUUUGUUUUGAUUGGAAGUGUUGUUGAUUUAUUUGAUAAAGCUUUAAUUAUUGUGUACAUUUAACGCUACACACUUAUUUUUGUUAAUUUCUAAUUAAUUGAUUUGUUUAUUAGUUAUUUCCUGUUUUUUUUAAUCAUUUACAUGUACAUAUGUAAGUCUACAUUUCAUAAUUACUCUAUAUGCACUUGGUACAUGUAUUUUGUGUCUACAAAAUCGUUUGCGUUGAUUUCCUUCCCUUUUAUUGACAUGUAAUAGAUUAGCUUUAACUUUAUUAUUUGUCAUGAUUUAUGAUAGUACAAAUGUACCUUCAUUUUCUUUACUGAGAUGUACAUGUUUCUGUUUAGUCAAGGUAGACAUCUAAAAACUGCUUUCAAUGUAAAUGUACUUUUUUAAACACAAGAAAAGAAAAGCUAAAACCCCAUAUAUGUGGUGUGCUGCAAAUACAUUACAGAGAUGGGGUGUGCAGAAAGAAAGAGACAAUGUAUAGUAAUUCAAUUUUUCCAUAUAUAUACCAAGUGCAUGUACAAAAUGUAGUCAGACAAAUAUUUUUUUUUCUUCUGGUAACUAUUAUGGGCAAAACAAUAUGAAACAUUGUCAAUAGGUUAACACAAAACAGGGUUCUCCUAGCCCAGACUGCUCCCAAAUUUCUGGGAUUUAACUGUACAUUUUGUGGAUAAGUUUAUUUAUAUACUAGUCAUGCUACAAAUGUAGUUUGGUCCUUUAUUUGGAGUGUGUCAUGACAUUCCAAGAAUGGAACUUUCAGAUCCACAUUCAAAUUGGAAAUGUAUCAAUUGCACUUAAAUUGUAUAGUGACAUUUUAGAUUUCGAUAUGGAACUAUUAUUUGCAUACAUUUUUAACAUUAUUAUAUUUAUAUGUACAUGGUCAUGACGGUCAUGUGAAACUUGAACCAUUUGUAUAAUUUGAUGCAUGUUUAAUAACAUCGAGUAAAUGCAUAUAUAUAUAUAUCAUGUAUAUUUUGAUCAUGUAAUCAUUUCUGAUCGGGAACAACUUUUUUAUUCAUUAGCAUCUCAGAUUAGUUUACUUACAAGCCAUUUGUCAUAACACAUGUUUAAGCUGGUUUUUAAGGUUACAAUCUAUAAUUAUUAAAUUCCUGUACAUGUGAAAUCCUUACAUUACUCAUUAGUCAUUUAUAUUCUGUAUGUUUUAUGUAGUAACCAAAACAAAUUACAUGUGUUGUAUCUGAUUUAGAAAACUUGUGAGUUGAGGGCAUAAGAUACAGAAGCAAGUGUUGAUAGUAUUGUAUCAAAAUAUAACACAUUGUUUUCGCUAAGUUGCUUUUACUAGAAGUAUUAAAAGGACAAGGUAU